GAAAGAGGGAGGGAGGGGAGGAAAGGACAGAGUGAGUGAGGACCUCUUCUAAGUAGUGAACUCCUUCCUUCAUUCACAUUCCCUGAUCAGGGACGCAUGUGACUCUAGUGUGGCUUCAAGGAGUGCUGUGUCAACACUAAUAUGGGCCUGGCUACCUGUCUCUGUUGGAGCUCCCUGUUCCUUGUAGCUGUUCUUGCAGUUCCACGCUCUCCUGCUAACUCAGGCCGUACACCACCUGUCAAAGUGCGUUUGGCAGGAGUGGGGCGCAGGGACAACGAAGGCCGCAUUGAAGUGCUGCACAACAGUACAUGGGGAACUGUGUGCGACGACGAGGUUGACAUUAAACUGGCAAAUGUGGUUUGUAAAGAACUGGGCUUCCGGGGGGCCAUCACAUGGGCACACAGUGCCAGAUAUGGAGAGGGGAAUGGGCCCAUUUGGUUAGAUAAUGUGCGUUGUGAUGGUUCAGAGAAAUCGCUGAAAGAGUGCAAGUCAAAUGGAUGGGGCGUCCAUGACUGCAAACACUCAGAGGAUCUUGGGGUAGUGUGCAAUCCUGAGAGAAGGCUGGACCAAGUGGUUUCUGGAGGGUCUAGAAGAAGCCCUCCCUCUAGAAGCAAUGUUACCAACUCAAAUCGGUGGCAUGACAUCUACUCCAAUUCAAGGGCCCCCAGGCAGGGGCAAUUACCCAGACCCCCCUUUCAUGAUUGGACUAGCAGUAAAGUGAGGAUUGAGGAAGUCCGUUUGCGGCCAGUUUUGAUGGCUACGAAGAAGCGUGCCCUAGUGACGCAGGGUGUGGUGGAAGUGAAGCAUGCUGGGAGAUGGAGACAGGUGUGUGACAAAGGCUGGAGUAUGAACAGCAGCAGGGUUGUCUGUGGCAUGCUGGGAUUCCCUGAUGCAGUAAAGCCCAACAUGAAGGCUUACAAAAAAAUAUGGGAUGAAAAGGUUAAGGAUCCAUCUACCAGGCUGAGUUUAAUGGCCAAAAAGAAGAGUUUUUGGGUGGAGAAAGUACAUUGCCUUGGUACAGAGCCUGGCCUGGCCGAGUGUCGUGCCCAACUCUCUAUUCCUCACAGUUCUACCCCAUGUAAAAAUGGACGCUAUGUAGUUGUCCACUGCAAACCAGGACCGCAAUUUUCCCGCAUGUCCUCAGGCAGGCCUCAAGCCCCACAUCCUAUCAAGCCGGCAGUUCGUUUGAAGUCAGGACCUCGCUUGGGUGAGGGCAGGGUGGAAGUUUUGCGUGAAGGAAAGUGGGGAACUGUAGUUGAUCAUCUUUGGAAUCGCGUCUCUGCCAGUGUGGUAUGCAGAGAACUUGGUUUUGGUACUGCCAAAGAAGCUCCUACAGGAGCCUAUAUGGGCCAAGGAACCGGGCCGAUCCAUAUGAACUCAGUUCAAUGUACAGGAAGCGAGCGUUCCAUUUUGGAUUGCCAUUUCCAACCAGUCCAGCCCUGGACAUUCAAACAUACUCAGGAUGCAUCUGUCAGAUGUAACGUUCCCAAGACGGGUGUGGAGAGCACAGUGCGAUUAGUAGGGGGCAGAGAUGUAGCAGAAGGCCGUGUGGAAGUGCUCAUGGAGGUUGGGGGCAGGAAGCGUUGGGGAGCAGUAUGCAGUGAGAACUGGGGCAUUAAUGAGGCAAUGGUUGUGUGCAGACAACUGGGCUUUGGCUUUGCUGCACGCGCCCAUCAGGAUACAUAUUACUGGCCUGGAGACCCUAAAGCCCAGGAAGUGCUGCUGAGUGGGACUCAUUGUGUGGGCACUGAAUUGUCCAUUCAGCAAUGUCGCAGAAACAGCAAUGUAUACUGUCCCCGUGGAGGAGGACCCAGAGCUGCCGGAGUCACCUGCUCAGAAAUUGCUCCUGACCUGGUGGUGGAUGCACAGCUGGUGCAGGAGUCUGCCUAUCUGGAGGAUAGACCACUUUACUUGCUCACCUGUGCCCAUGAGGAAAACUGCUUGUCUUCUUCAGCCAGCCGCAUGAACUGGCCUAAUGGUCACCGGCGUCUACUGCGUUUCUCCUCCCGCAUCAUGAACAUGGGUAAAGCCGACUUCAGGCCCAAAGCUUCACGAGAAUCCUGGACAUGGCACCAAUGUCACAGGCACUACCACAGCAUUGAAGUGUUUACACACUAUGACCUUCUCACACUCAAUGGAACAAGAGUAGCAGAAGGGCACAAAGCUAGCUUCUGUCUGGAGGACACAUAUUGUCCUGAAGGACUCCAGAAACGCUUUUCAUGCUACAACUAUGGAGAUCAAGGAAUUUCAGUGGGGUGUUGGGAUACAUAUCGUCAUGAUAUUGACUGCCAAUGGGUUGAUAUCACUGAUGUCAGGCCAGGAGAUUAUAUCUUCCAGGUGGAAGUGAAUCCGUCACUGGAUAUGGCUGAGUCAGACUUCAUGAAUAAUGUAAUUCGCUGUAGGUGUAGAUAUGAUGGUCAAAGAAUCUACAUGUAUGGUUGUCACGCAGGAGAUGCCUAUAGUGCUGAGAUUGAAGACUUGUUUGAACACCAGCGUCAGAUCACUAAUAAUUUCCUCUGAGCCGUGUGCAGACAGCACCCGCUGUGAGCUGUUAAACUAUGGACUUGAAAAAUAUAUAUAUCAUCUCUUUAUUAUUUACAAACACAUUUCCUGCUUGGGGAAUCAAUCACAAGUCAAAAUGCUGUUUAAUUAUCACCUCAGUGCUAAAUAAUUACUGAAAAUGACUAGAGAAGCAGAUUUAUUUAUAUUCACUGAUAAUUUUGUUGAAUGGUGGUGAAUGAGAGUAAAAACAAUGUCAAACUGUAAUAUAGAUCUCUUUGGAUUACAGUAUUCAGGUCUAGACAUGUAUUAUUCGAAUAUAUCAACUGAAUCUUAUUUACUGGGUUCCAGCACAGUGAAUUUUAUUACACUACAUUCAGUAAUAUAC